UUCCAGUCCGCUCAGAUAAAGAGACGCGGAGCCGGCGCAGGGGUGCGCUCGAUAACCAAACACUUCCCAUCCCGGGAGGAGAGCGGCGCGCAGGAACACACGCUCUCUCCAUCUCCGAGCGUCUCCUUUACUCUCUCUCUCUUUUUAUCUCUCUCUCUCUCCCCUCCUACCCCCCCUCUGCGUCUCGCGCGUUCACACGCGCACUCCGCGCGCACACGCGUACGUCUCCACUUGGCCGAAGUAAAUUACGGCAUUGAUCUGAAAGGCGAGUGUGGAUCUGUCUCUUCUGUUCGCUCCUUUUGCUCGACGGAGGGACUCGGGGAGGCGCAGAGGAGAAGAAGCUAACCCUCUCACUGUCCGUUUGACUGUGAGGCCCCGUGGACAUGCCUGUUUAGCUGCCCUGCGUGAUGCCUGAUCAUGACAGCACCACCCUCUUAACCAGACAAACCAAACGCAGACGUGUCGACAUCGGGGUGAAAAGGACUGUGAGUAGCGCGAUAUUUCCCCGUGCCCGGGAGACCCUGCUCGAAGCCAUGAACCAGUCGCACGGCCCUGAUCAGGACGGAGAUCUCUCCCUGGUGAGACACGGCCACGGGGCCGCCAACGGUGACGGAGAGAAGACGAACGUCCUCAGAAAGCUGCUGAAAAGGGCCAACUCUUAUGAAGACGUCAUGAUGCCUUUUCCUGGGGCUACAAUCAUCUCCCACUUAUUGAAGAACAACCUGGGGAAGAAUGGAGGGAGUGACUCAGGCUUUCAGGGUAGUGGAGCUCUGUCCAGUGGAGGUUCGGAGAUUCAGGCCGAAGACGCCUGUAGUAACUCUUCGCGGGACAGUCCAUCCGACUGCCUUUCCCCUGGUCCUCCUCCAUCGUCCUCUAAUUUUGGACGACCGUUGCCGCCCUCAAAUCACAUUUCUCACACCUCUUCUCAACCUUUAUCCUCCUUUGACUUGGAACGACUGUCGGACGAGCAUCUCCGUGCCAAGAGAGCCCGCGUGGAAAACAUCAUCCGCGGAAUGAGUCACUCCCCAUCGGUCCGUCCCAAUGGCAGUGACCACAACCAGGAGGGCAAUCGUGAGAAUGAAAACGGCAGCAGCAACAGCAACGACCACAGAGGAGAGGACUGCAGUCAUAACAGCAGCCGCCGCGGCGAUUGUCCUUCCCUCCUCAGCUCUCCUGGUUCGCGAGGCGGUGUGGUUGGCAUGGGCGAGGUUUACAGAGAGAAUAAGAGGAAACAGCGUCUCCCACAGCAGCAACACAGUUUCACCCAGCUAGUUUGUUCCAGACAGGAGCAGAGACAGGAAGAGAGAAGGCAGCUCAAACUACAACUUGAAGACAUGCAGAAACAAUUGCGCCAACUUCAAGAGAAGUUCUACCAAAUCUAUGACUCUGAGACAGAGGAAGAGGAAGAAAACAUAGUGAAUGGAGAGGUCAACCGAGCAGGGGACAGAGAGGAGGAUGGCAACCUUUCAGAGGACAGUAUCCGCUCUGACGGCCUGGAGGAGAGGCACAGAGACACAGGGCGGCAUAACCACGAUGAUCUUUCUGAGUUGGACCCAGGACUUUUCCUGGACAGAGCCCGAGCCCUCCUCCGAGAGCAAGCCUUGAUAGACGGAGAAAUGGAGGAAGAUGCUGACAGCCGAGAAGAGGAGGAAAGAAAUGGUGAAAGGUUGAUGAAGAGGAGAGUGGUAGCAGGAGGCGGCGGAGGAGGUGGCCGGCAGCUGGCCGAGACUCUAAAGCAGGAGCUGAACUGUGCCGUGUCACAGGUGGUUGACACCGUCGUCAAAGGCUUCUCCUCACCCAAGCAGAACGCCGGUCACCAUCAUGGCUGCCACAGCAGUACGCCAGCUGCACCUUCUUCUUCCUCCAACUCAUCCUCAUCCUGUCCACCUCCUUUCGGGCCACUGCCCCCGCUUACCCCAGAGUCUCGCUUUGGGGUUGGUAAUUUGGCACUCAGCUUGAAUGGUGAAGGCAGUCCCACCCCUAACUAUCAUUCCUCCAACCAGAGGCUGCAUUGCUUUGGGGAUGUAAUUGUCCCUAGCCCUCUAGAUUCGUUUGGUGGUCUGAGUAGCAGGCUUAGUGGUGUGCCAACACCCAACGAUCAAACAGAGGCUCUGCCGCUGGUAGUGCGCAAGAGUGGGAGUGCAGUAGAGACCCCCAAUCCUUCUCUUCCUCCUCCUCCACCUCCUCAUCAUCCCUCCCUCCACCCAUCUCCACUCACAGCUUCCCUCGGCUUCAGCCCUCCAUCAUUUCGCCACCCCUUUCCUCUCCCCCUCAUGGGUUACCCUUUUGGGAAUCCCCUAGGGUCACAUGGGGCUGGAGGUGGCUACCCCUCAGGACCAAAAGACCACAGUCGGGUAUCCCCCGACUCUAUGGACAUAACCCGGGAAACGGUCAGCCUCAGAACCAAAAUGGCAUCUCUCAGCGGGGCCCACCUGGGGCACCAUCACCACAGGCAGAGCUCUCCAAGCCACCAUGGACCAGAGGGCCUGUCACUGUCCCUCAUCAAGUCAGAGUGUGGAGAUCUGCAGGACAUGGCUGACAUAUCUCCCUACUCAGGCAGCACUAUUCAGGAGGGCUUGUCUCCAAACCAUCUGAAGAAAGCCAAGCUGAUGUUCUUCUACACUCGCUACCCUUCCUCCAACAUGCUCAAAAUGUUCUUCUCUGACGUCAAGUUCAAUCGGUGCAUCACCUCCCAGCUGAUCAAGUGGUUUAGCAACUUUAGAGAGUUCUACUACAUCCAGAUGGAGAAGUUUGCCCGUCAGGCCAUCAAUGAGGGCGUAACCGCAGUCGAAGACCUGACGGUGAGCCGGGAUGCAGAACUCUUCAGGGCCCUCAACAUGCACUACAACAAGGCCAACGACUUUGAGGUUCCCGAUCGAUUCCUGGAGGUGGCCCAGGUGACGCUCCGGGAGUUCUUCAACGCCAUUGUAGCCGGGAAGGACGCCGACCCAUCGUGGAAGAAGGCCAUCUACAAAGUGAUCUGCAAACUGGACAGUGAUGUUCCCGAGGUCUUCAAGUCCCCCAAUUGUCUCCAGGAACUCCUCCAUGACUGACUAGGACGAGCGAGGAAGCCGGGCACGAGGAACAAACCUGCCAGGACCAUCAGGAGACUGCAGAACUAAACGUAGAGGGCGGUUCUAUUCGCAGGAGGUUCUGAAGACAACACGGCCCUCUAUAAGAUUUUAUAUGAAGAGUUGCUCCUCUUGAAUGACAGGAAAAGGGCUCAAGCUCAACUUUAGAUAUUUAUGUCUGGACUUUUAGAGAUUAAAAGCAAAAACGUGAGCAACUGAGGAUCCUCCUUGCACUUAAAGAAAAGGGUUCGUUUGAACUUUCUCCUCAUCCAUAAAGAAAAGAAAAAGAUAAAAAAGGAUGAUGGACAGGAGCGAACUAAUAACAAAGAUGAUAAUAUAUAAAUAUAUAUAUAAAAAUCUUCUUAUUGUGGAUGUUUUUGAGUUACAAGGAUGAUUUUGAAGAAGAAAAAAAAAGUGUCGUUUGUGUAUUUUCUCCUCCUUUGUAUAUGUCCCCAUCCGUGGUGCACACAUAGGAAAGCACAGUAGCAUCCUGACCACAGAACGCUGCUCAUCUGUGUAUGUUGGCCCCUUAGAGCAUCAGAGUUCACCUGCAAACACAUAAAUCUCAAUAGUAAUACUCCUGCCCAAAACUUUGUGUCAGUCCAUCACAUAAAAUCUCAUUAAAAUAAAAGUUUUUUUCAUGACUGAGCGUGACAAAACGUGGAGUUCCAAGGGUGUGAAUACUUUCUCAUUACAUUAGAGCACAGGUGUCGAACUCCAGUCCUCCCAGGCCGCUGUCCUGCAGUUUUAAAUGUGCCACAGGUACAAAACACUGGAAUGAAAUGGCUUAAUUACCUCCUCCUUGUCUAGAUAAGUUCUCCAGAGUCUUAAUGACCUAAUUAUUUUUAUUCAGGUGGUGCAGCAGAGGCACAUCUAAAAGUUGCAGGACAGCGGCCCUUGAGGACUGGAGUCGGACACCCCUGCAUUAGAGCGUCUGUUUUUAGAGAUCACUAAAAUAAUUUAUUUCUUGAACUUCAGUUGUGCGUUUGAUUACGUUCUGAUUUGUAAACCAUUGGAUGACCUUUAUAAACGAGACAAGAGAAAGCCAGCUGACUGUUUUGUCUAAUAUGAUCAAAAACACAUAAUGCCGAUGAGCAUGAAUAAGAAAUCUUUGCAUAUCAAUGCUACAUGUAUUUUUCCAUUCGCAUCCAUGACUGAACCGUUGACGUUUUUAUUACAAUCAAUUCAGCUUAUUUUAAAAAUCAAAUUUGAAAUAUUUAUGCCGCACAGCAGCAGACAUUUUAAAUAGAAUACAACAUUAUGAUAGACUUUUUAAUAUUACAGAUAUUUGUGUCUUCUAUUUGAACUUGGAAGUCGACUUUAAGAGUUCUCCGUUUGAACAGAACCAGAACAUCUUCACAAUUCACACGUUCCAAUAAAAAAAAAAAGAAAAGCUGAGGCUGCAGGUAUAAACUAAGUUUUUAUUGAUGCAAACCUAUUCAAAUAAAGUACAGAAAAAUUUAAAUCUUCAUAAUAUGUAAAGUCUUCAGUAUUUGUUUUCUAUUUUUUUUGUUUUUGCGGUGACAUCCAGUCUGAUUGAAAAGCCCUCAUUUAAUAAAUUUGACUUAAUAAAGUAAGAAUUUCCAAGGA